CUGUCAAGUCUCAACACACACCAACAAUAAUUGAACCAUUUGCCUACCUGAUUCUAAGGAAAUAAAUAAACGAAAAGCGCACUUCAAUAUUCCAUUGUUAUUAGCAUUUCACACUUGACAAACCAAAAACACAUAGAAAGGUUUCUACGAUGAGAGACAUGAAAGACACAGGUGCCUUGGGAGGCAAGACAGCACGAGCCUGCGACAGCUGCAUCCGCAGAAGGGCAAGGUGGUUCUGUGCAGCUGACGAUGCUUUUCUCUGCCAUGGCUGCGACACUUUGGUUCACUCCGCCAACCAGUUAGCAAGCAGGCACGAAAGGGUUCGGAUUCAAACCGCAUCCUCCAAGGUAACCACCACCACGCACGCAUGGCACAGUGGAUUCACACGCAAGGCAAGAACCCCGCGUCACAACAACAACAAACACUUCGCACUGCAACAACGUCUCAAAGACGAAGUGCUCUUCAACAACAACAGUGUUCUUCCCCUCGUGCCGGAGCUCGGAGGGGAAGAACCGGUGGUUGUGGAUAACGAUGAGACAGAGGAACAGAUGCUGUGUCGUGUGCCUGUGCUUGAAUUUGACCCUUUUGAAAUGAGAACCGAUGACUUGGACAGUUUUUCUGACAUGGAUUUUGCCGAGUUUGCUGCUGAUGUUGAAAGCCUACUUGAUAAAGAAGACGAUGAAAUAAGUGCGAGUGUGGGAGUGGAAGGUGCAAUGGUGAAGGUUAAGGAUGAAGAGGAAGUUGAUGGUGAUGUAGCGUGUUAUCUUGAGUCGGUUUUUGACAUGACAAAUGAUGAUGCGUUUCGUUGGAAUAACAUUGAGUCUGUGUUGUCGGCUGCACGGGAAGAGAAGGAGGAGGGUGUGGUGGCGUGUGAUGGUGGGGUUAUUAAUGAAGAAGGGGGAACAAAGAGAGACAUAUUUUUGAGACUAAACUAUGAUGAGGUUAUUACUGCUUGGUCUAGCCAAGGUUCUUCUCCAUGGACAACUCCAAACCCACCUAAGUUCAACUCUGAUUAUGACUUUUGCUUGGGUUUGAGUGGUGUAGAUGGAGAAAUGAGAAGCUUAAGGGGGCACCUAGAUGGGGGAAGAGAAGCAAGAGUGUCGAGAUAUAGAGAGAAGAGAAGGACUCGUUUGUUUGCAAAGAAGAUAAGAUAUGAAGUAAGGAAGUUGAACGCAGAGAAAAGGCCUAGAAUGAAAGGUCGUUUUGUAAAGAGGACAUGCUUUGUUGGAGCCACUGCUUUUCCUGCUUAUCACUGACAUCAAUCAGUUAACGGAUCCAUCCAUCUUUGCUUUUUCUGCAAAUUUGGAUUAAUACUUGGUUUGGCUACGUAUGUGCCUAUAGCCUGUAUUAUAAUAAUAGAGAUAAUUUACUGAAUUAGAAUUUUACUAGAGUUGUUGCUUGGGAUAUUUCUGUCUAUGUAUAUCUCUAGCAGGUUUACUAAGCGUUAUUGGGUAAUCCAAUUUUGGAAGCCUUUUUAUUGUUUCUUAUUGGAAAUUCAAUUAUUCAAUGCUGAUGUUGUUAUUAACUACUUGAUUUUUUA